UUCACAAAGAUACAAAGCAUAAGAACGGAAAACGGUAUGGACUAUGGAGUAAGACCCACACUCUCCUCCAAUUCUUAUCUUCUGACCUAAUUUUACAUGUUCACUUGUUUUUUUUUUUUUUUUUCAUUUUUUUUCCUUUCUCAUGACUGCUGCUGAUCUGUCGGCGAUGUAGAUCUUCUUGAUCAACACAAGUCCUUAAGCUAGAUAAAACUAAGAAUAAUAUGGAAUUUGAGGAGCACGAAGAGCAAGAAGAAGAAAUGGGCAUGCCGGUUCCACCGGCUUAUGACUCACUAAGCAACUCAGUUUGUCCCAAAACGGGUCCCACUGCAAGCGGAGAAGGUGCAUCAACUGACAGAAAAACUGGAAGGUCAAUCAGAUAUCGAGAGUGUCAAAAGAACCAGGCGGUGAACAUCGGUGGCCACGCGGUGGAUGGUUGUGGUGAGUUCAUGGCAGCUGGCGAGGAUGGCACUAUUGACGCUUUAAAAUGCGCCGCGUGUAACUGCCACAGAAAUUUCCACCGAAAAGAAGCUGACGGUAAUAAUACUGGAGUCUUAUAUUACAGUCCCCAAUUCUCCCCCUACUAUCGUGCGCCUCCACCUCCCACUGGAUAUUUCCCUCUAACGGAGCCUAGACCUUUAGCCCUACCGUCAGCCUCAGGUGGAGGUGGCGGUGGUGGUUACAGUCGGGAGGAUGAAGAUGCCUCAAAUCCAAGUAGUAGUGGCGGUGUAAGUGGUGGAUUGAAAAAGAGAUCUAGAACAAAGUUUACACCCGAGCAGAAGGAAAAGAUGCUAGGGUUUGCAGAGCGGAUCGGUUGGCGAAUUCAAAAGCAAGAUGAGGCUUCUGUGGAACAAUUCUGCGCUGAGACUGGAGUGAGAAGGCAUGUGCUUAAGGUUUGGAUGCAUAACAACAAGCAUACUCUUGAUUCUAAAUUCUAGAGAGUUCAACCUGAAUAAUCAAGAAAGAGGUGGUGAGAUGAGUUGAAGAAUGGACUCCAUUAUGAGGUUUGUUUCAAUGGAGCCCGUGGGACUGACUCCUCAAGUGGAUGACCGUAACUCUCUCUUCUUUUAAGGUAAAAGAUUCAUUAUGAUGACAAUACCAGAACCUGACCACCCUGUUUAUGAAGAUUCAAAAUUAGUAAUGUUAGGGCAUUUGAUUAUCAAAGCAAAUGACACAGUUGCCCAGGGUCGGUUGAUUAGUAAGAAAUAAAGAUUCCAAACAUUGGAGCGAAA